AAACUUUACAAUACUCUCAUAUCUUCCAGUCUUCAUUUUCUGCUGUUUACUUAAUUUUUUUGUUGUUAUUAUUUUGCCUUCUCUUAUGGGCAGAGUAAAGUUUCCUGCAACCUUCAUGGCUUUUCCUGACUUGGGUUGUCCAAAAAUCCAGGGUGUGUUCUUAGGAGGAUUGUAGUACUAUACUAUGGAGUUUGUAUUUUAUGCUGUGGCUUAAAUUGGAUUGUAUUCCAAUUUGAGUGAGGUAUCUGGAUUACUUCUUGUUCUUCUUCUUCUGGGCUUGUGUUUAGGAUCUUGGUGAAGAUGGUUCUGAGUAGCAGGAUUUUCAGUUCUCAUAUUUUUGUUAAUUUCUUGCUGCUGAUUAGUUGUGGCAUGACCUAUGGGACUGUCAGUGAUAUCCUCUGCUUGAGAAGUAUCAAAGAUUCCCUUCAAGACCCCAAUAAUUAUUUGGGGUCUUCUUGGAAUUUCAACAACAACACUGAAGGGUUUAUCUGCAGAUUCAAUGGGGUUGAAUGUUGGCACCCUGAUGAGAACAGAGUCUUGAAUCUCAAAAUGUCAAAUAUGGGACUCAAGGGCCAGUUUCCUCCUGGCAUUAUAAAUUGCUCAAGCUUAACAGGAUUAGAUUUUUCAAGUAACAAACUCUCUGGAACCAUUCCAGUAAAUAUAUCUACUCUUAUACCAUAUGUGACAUCACUUGAUCUAUCUUCAAAUGAAUUUUCUGGUGCCAUACCUGAGAGUCUUGCGAAUUGUACCUAUCUCAAUACCCUCAAACUCGAUCAGAAUCGACUCACUGGUCAAAUUCCUCCACGAAUCGGUGUUCUCACACGAAUUAAGACAUUUACUGUAUCCAACAAUCUUUUGACAGGGCCAGUUCCUACCUUUACCAAUGAUCAAGUUAUGGUAAGUUAUGCAAAUAAUCAAGGCCUAUGUGGAGGAGCUUCAUUGACGCCUUGCCCGGGUAGUGAUUCGAAGAGUAGCACUAACACUGCAGUUAUAGCUGGAGCAGCUGUUGGUGGUGUGACUCUUGCAGCAAUAGGAUUGGGUGUUGUUAUGUUUUUCUUUGUUCGCCGUGUUCCUUUCAUGAAGAAGGAAGAGGACCCUGAAGGAAACAAAUGGGCAAGAAGUCUAAAGGGAACUAAAGCAAUCAAGGUUUCUAUGUUUGAGAAAUCAAUUUCAAAAAUGAAAUUGAGUGAUCUCAUGAAGGCUACUAACAACUUCAGUAAAAGCAAUAUCAUUGGGACAGGAAGAACAGGAACUGUUUACAAAGCUGCUCUUGAUGAUGGCACAACACUUAUGGUUAAGAGAUUGCAGGAAUCUCAAUACUCUGAGAAAGAGUUUAUGUCUGAGAUGGGUACUCUAGGGACCGUCAAACAUCGUAACCUGGUUCCUCUUUUAGGUUUUUGUAUGGCUAAAAAAGAGAGGCUUGUGGUCUAUAAAAACAUGCCAAAUGGAAAUCUCCAUGAUCAGUUACAUCCUGCUUCUGGUGAGUGUACCCUUGAGUGGCCUUUGAGGCUCAAAAUUGCAAUUGGAGCAGCCAAAGGAUUAGCAUGGCUUCAUCAUAGCUGCAAUCCCCGUAUUAUCCAUCGAAACAUAAGCUCUAAGUGCAUCUUGUUAGAUGCAGAUUUUGAGCCCAAAAUUUCUGAUUUUGGCCUUGCCAGACUAAUGAACCCAAUUGAUACACAUUUGAGUACUUUUGUGAAUGGGGAGUUUGGGGAUUUAGGUUAUGUUGCUCCUGAGUAUGCAAGAACUUUGGUUGCUACUCCUAAGGGGGAUAUUUAUAGCUUUGGGACUGUGCUUCUUGAGCUUGUGACUGGUGAAAGAGCUACCAAUGUAGCUAAAGCUCCAGAAACUUUUAAAGGAAAUCUGGUAGAAUGGAUUGCGCAACUCUCAAGCAACUCGCAACUCCAGGACGCCAUUGAUGAAUCACUAGUUGGCAAGGGUGUUGAUAAUGAGCUUUUCCAAUUUCUAAAGGUCGCGUGCAACUGUGUUUCACCAACUCCAAAGGAGAGGCCCACCAUGUUUGAAGUAUAUCAGCUUUUAAGAGCUAUUGGGGAAAAAUACAAUUUCACUACUGAGGAUGAGAUAUUGGUACCUGUAGAUAUUGGUGAUGAUAACUUGGAGGAACUUAUUGUAGCGCGAGGAGAUUGUUGAAAAGGUAUGUCAGAUAUAUAGGGUAUAUGUAAUCAGUUUUAAUUUGUAAUUAUCUAUCUUUUUAUUGUCCUAAAAUAAGUGUUAGUGUUAUAUAUAGUUUUGUGGAUUUAGAUCUGGUUGUGUGCUAUUGAUAUCAAAACAUCAAUAUAAGAUCAUUAAUCAUGGAUUGUUUGCAGUUGGGUAACUUCUUUCUAAUCCUUUUUUCAAUUUGAUUUCCUUGUUCUCCCUCUUGUAUGCUGAUAUGAUAUG